UGGAUACAAAAGUCUUGUGAUGUGUCAUUUUUCUCCCCUUUCGCUCGCAUCGCUGACCAAAGUUUCGCAGAGUUGUUCCACCGCUAACAGUGAUCCAUCGUAAGAAGUAGACGUUCGUGCGCGAUCUCGAAACCCGAGUAUCUGUCUCUCUCGCUGGUGGAAAUUCUUAGUCGCGGGUCAAUUUAUUUUGUAAUAUCAGAUUUGUGACUCAUUCGGAACGGAAACCGAAAGAGCAUACUGUUCCGGUUCGGUUGGUUCUGACUAUUUUUUGUGUGCUACACUGCAAUUGCCCUUGACAAAUCCGCCCCCGAUUGGUUCGCGAGUGACUAAUUUUUUUUUCCCGUGAAAUCUGUGCGAUUGUGCUAAUAUAUAGAGUAGAAGGAAAAUUGAAGCAAAUAGGGCACUGGUAAAGAAUCGAAGUGUGAAAAUGUUCAGUUGGCUUAAACGGGAAACUAAAACGGAGGAGGUGGUAGAGAAUGUGCUCGGGGAGUUGAAAAAGAUUUACAAAAGUAAGCUGCUUCCACUGGAGGAACAUUACAACUUCCAUGAAUUCCACUCGCCGAAAUUGGAGGAUCCGGAUUUCGAUGCGAAACCGAUGAUCUUGCUCGUAGGGCAGUAUUCAACUGGUAAAACCACCUUUAUUCGCUACCUGCUAGAACGGGACUUUCCAGGUAUUCGAAUUGGGCCGGAACCUACCACAGAUCGUUUCAUUGCCGUAAUGCACGACGACAAGGAAGGAAUAAUUCCCGGAAACGCCCUAGUCGUUGAUCCGAAGAAACAGUUUAGGCCGUUAGGAAAGUACGGAAAUGCAUUCCUUAACAGGUUUCAGUGUUCUACAGUGCCUUCACCGGUCCUGCGAGCGAUUUCGAUUGUUGAUACUCCUGGAAUUUUAUCCGGCGAAAAGCAACGAGUUGAUCGUGGAUACGAUUUUACUGGUGUUCUGGAAUGGUUUGCUGAAAGGGUGGAUCGAAUCAUUCUGCUGUUCGAUGCGCACAAAUUAGAUAUUUCGGAUGAGUUCCGUCGAUCUAUUGAAGCCCUUCGUGGACACGACGACAAAAUUCGUAUUGUACUCAACAAAGCGGACAUGAUCGAUCAUCAGCAAUUGAUGCGAGUUUACGGUGCUCUUAUGUGGUCCCUGGGUAAAGUUCUUCAGACACCCGAGGUGGCCCGAGUUUACAUUGGAUCGUUUUGGGAUCAGCCUCUUCGCUACGAUGUCAACCGUCGUUUAUUUGAAGACGAAGAACAGGAUCUAUUCCGAGACUUGCAGUCUCUCCCAAAGAAUGCUGCCCUGCGUAAACUGAACGACCUGAUCAAGCGAGCCCGGCUGGCCAAGGUACACGCCUUCAUUAUUGCGGAAUUGCGCAAAGACAUGCCAACUGUGUUUGGCAAGGAUAGUAAAAAGAAGGACCUCAUCAAAAAUCUUGGCCAGGUGUACGAUCGCAUACAGAAAGAACACCAAAUCUCGCCUGGUGAUUUCCCCGAUCUGAAAAAGAUGCAGGAAGUUCUCGCCAACCAGGACUUUACAAAGUUUCACUCGCUCAGAAUCCCGCUGCUGGAAGUCGUCGAUCGCAUGCUGGCCACCGACAUCGCUCGUCUUAUGAGCAUGAUUCCACAGGAGGAGAUGACCAUGGUUCCGGAGCCGCUAAUUAAGGGAGGCGCCUUCGAUGGUGUUGAAGACAUAGUGUCUCCUUUCGGCUAUCGCAAAGGUGAAGGAAUUGACGCCGGUUGCGGUGAAGUGGACUGGAUUUGUAAUCGCGAUCGGGCGCGUACUGACCCGAUGUUUGAAGCACUGAAACCAAUCGAUGGAAAGAUUUCCGGUGCUGCGGCUAAAUCGGAGCUCAUAAAAUCCAAACUACCGAACAACGUGCUAAGCAAAAUCUGGAAACUGUCUGACGUUGAUCAGGACGGUUUCCUGGAUAUUGAGGAGUUCGCGCUAGCUAUGCAUUUAAUCAACGUCAAAAUGGAUGGAAACGAGUUACCGACCUCACUGCCCGACCAUCUUGUGCCGCCCUCGAAGCGAGAGCUAGAAUAGGAGUAAGAUUAGAUCGAUUGAGCUCCCGCUCUUAGCAAGUACUUUUCCUCCUUCACUUUGCUUUGCUAGUCUGCUGCGACAACCGGAUUCAUUGGGUUACCAAUCUAUUGUUUCAUAUUGUCUAUAUUCCAAAUUGUUUGGUAAGAUUGCAAUUCCAGCGCCCGUAGGUCUUUUCAUACUCUUGCCUCAAUGUAACGUCGUUUGGUUACAAACAUCGAUAGGUUAACAAUCGGAUCAUUUACAUGCACUACUAUAUCCUUCAUCUUCGCUACGGUCGCUAACGGUUGCACGUCACGUCAAAAAUAACGCUAAUACCUUACAAAUAUGGUUUAUCUAAUUUAUUUAUAUAUUUUUUAGAAUGUUUGAGUUCAUUCGCAUAUUUUUUGUUGGUUUUAUAUUUAUUAGAGAUUUAUCAUUAGUAUAUUGUUGUGCUUGUCAUCGUAACAAAUGUGCUUAAGGCAUUUUGGACAAGCAGAAUCCUUAUCCCAAAUUAUGUGUGCAAAUAUUUUCUUUCUUUUUUGAUAGAAGUGAUUUGAAUUAGCUUGUAAGUUAAUAGAGCACUUAGUGAAGCAUGGAAAAGCAGUUUAUUUAAUUAAUCCAAAAUCAUAACACGCUCUGAACGAAUGCAAACCGAUUCGUAACAGAAGUUCGCUCGCAUGCUUCUUCGCUAUUUUAUUAAAAAUAUACAUUUCGCAGGCGCACUGGCUUAUAAGUUGCCUAAGCAAUAUAUUUCUUUACGAGUUAGCUUGUCACGUUUUAGUCGUUGGUACCGACAGCAAAGAACCACACGUCUCCGUCGCGAAGCUGGAACCACAUUGCUUGAUAGCGAAUAUCACUGAGCAUUUACAGAUUCAAAGUUCCCCGUGUGAUAACCUUCUGCAUUCAUAUGAGUUGCUUGAAGGCUUAUAACCGAUGUUUGCCAAUUUCUACCAUGAAAGACGUUGUAACCUAGCAUUCCCAACAAACAACGAAAGCUGAACAAGCCUUUGUUACAAGAGAACAAGCUGAACAAGAGCUGUUCAAGUCACUAUCCAGCUAAAUUGUUUGUUGGGUUUGAUCAUCUCAUCCGGACUUAUGAUUAUGAAACAUCAUAGUUAAAUUUAUUCAUCAAAAAUCAUUAGAAAAGAUUCGCUGCACAUUUUACGCAUAUAUCAAAAAGGCGUAUUCAAUGACAAACGAACACUGCAUCAAAUCAUCACAGCGUGCAUAAUUUCAUUCAGCCCCUACGCGAAGUUAAAAAAAAUGGUUCCGGAAGUCAAAAUAUGCAACGCCUAGUGUUAACUUAAACAAUCUCCUCCUUUCGCACGUGACAGCGGAUAUCAUUAUCACACUUAUCUCUCGGAACCAUCAAUCAUACUACCACGUCUUGCAGUAAGAACAGUUCAUAGCUCACGUUCCGCACCGAGUACAGAAGAUUUCACACCAUGUCAGCAGUUGCGUUGAAGGUGCUACACACAAAUAAAUAUAUUUAUCCACGGAUUGCUCGGACUUACCAUUUUUUGGCCGGAUGUUUGCAAAUAUCAAUUCGCGUUGUUUAACCUUAAGAGCUUUGAUUUAUUAUUUUUAGGAUGCAUUAAAUAAUAGACAAGUUGGAACAAAAAACGAUCGCAGAAAGUUGAAUGAAAGCCUAUUCAGAAUAGUAUGCUGAUGUGGAAGGGAAAUCAAAUUUAUACAUUUAAACCCUCUAAGGGUAAGGAAAAAAGAUAUAUUUACAAGUGUAGCAUUUUUGAAGGAAUUUGUAAAAAUAUCUAUAUUUUAUCGAAUGAACAAACCGUAUUUGUUUAAAUAAGCUAAGGCAAGUAAAUCAGUGAAUACGAAUGUAGUACACAUUAUGGCGAAUAAAAUUUGUUCUCAAAAACUA